GUUUGUGCUGUGGACGCCAGCAUUUAUAUUAGUGCAUUCAAAUUUAAAGUUUCAUCAAAAGUUGAAAAGUUGUGUCUUGUAACAAUGGGCAGCCUAAUGUACAUAAGCUGUGUGUUGCUCAUGACGAAUGUACCGCUCAUUGACUCAUCGUACAGGCUAAUGGCCACGAGCAGCGUGGUGGAGGUCUGUCUCGGUAAAGAGUUACGUCUAUCUUGUCAUGUCAGAUUUGGAACAAGUACUGGAACACAGUCUCUCGCCGAGGUGGGUUGGAACCGUGGCGAGGGUGCUUAUGGAAGAAUUAACGUGACUGCCUGUAAGACAGAGUUAGAGGAAUGUACCGAACAAACAACUGACAGCCGUGGACAACUGCAAUAUGGCAUAGGUGAUAGCAAUGUUGCAUCGUUGUCACUCGUUGUCAAAAACAGUACAUUUGAAGACAACGCAACAUUUUCUUGCUUUGCCCUCGAUAGGAAUGGCGACCGACAGACUUCUCAGAACACAUCUGCAAUCGUCCACGGUCUUCCCAAUAAAGCAUUUUUGUAUCCGAUUUGCUCGAUAAAGACAUGCUCCUCUGAAGAUGCCGACAACGCCUGUACUCUCUCGUGUACCGCCGAGAUAACUGGGCCAAUGGUGUCGUUAGAUUGGAUCGUGUCUGGGACCAACUCGACCGAAGUUAGACUUUCCAAUAACACGGUGGUCAUUGGGAAUCAAGUCGUUCUACUUUAUAAUGUAACGGAGCGCUACGAUAAUGCAAUAUUUACUUGUCGUUUGUUUAGUGACGAGUUUCCAUGUUUAAAAAGUAGCUGCUCGAUUGAAUUAACAAGCGCGUCGUCGCCAUUUGCCCCGCCGGCUUAUGGGGGUCAAAGCCCCACUGGUUUCUCCCUCGUCAUGGUCAUCAUCAUGGCAGUAGCCGCUACUGUAAUAGUCAUCGUUCUCCUGCUUAUUAUAGCGUGCUUUGCUCGCACAAAAGGCAGCAAGAUUAAGCAAACAAAAAUGGAAGGGACGGCGGCCACUAAUACGACAACUGCUUCAUCAGAAAGACGCCAUCAAAACGUCUUUGAAGACGUUGGCAUCUACACCUUGCCUGAUUACGAGCAGACCGUCCGAGCGUCUCAUCAUACGUCGGUCGAUGUCGAACUUCUGGCGGGUGGAAAUGCUGGACCACCUGGUGCCCCCUCCCUGCCAUAUGAGGUGAUCCAACAGGCAGUCACUGAUAAUGACAACCAACUUUCGAUGAAGACACCGACACAGACUGCACAAGUCUAUGAAGUGCUGCAACCAGACGAGAUGGAUAGAGCAACAGACAACCAAGGACCUGCGAGUGUAGGGAGCGAGGUUGUGGUAAAUACACCGAGAAAGACUGCACAAGUCUAUGAAGUGCUGAAACCAGACGAGAUGGAUAGAGCAGCAGACAACGUAGGACCUACGAGUGUAGGGAGCGAGGUUGUGGUAAAUACACCGAGAAAGACUGCACAAGUCUAUGAAGUGCUGAAACCAGACGAGAUGGAUAGAGCAGCAGACAACCAAGGACCUGCGAGUGUAGGGAGCGAGGUUGUGGUAAGUACACCGAGAAAGACUGCACAAGUCUAUGAAGUGCUGAAACCAGACGAGAUGGAUAGAGCAGCAGACAACGUAGGACCUACGAGUGACGGGAGUCAAGUUGUUUUGAAUACACCAAGUCAGACUGCACACGUCUAUGAAUUACUGCGAUUAAAAGAGACGGAUAAAACGAGUUUGAAUGAUGAAGCUACCUGCGGAGGAGAUGAGGUUGGGGUAAAGACACAGAUACAGACUGCACAAGUCUACGAAGUGCUGAAAUCAGACGAGACAGAUAGUGCAACAGACAACGUAGGACCUACUUGUUGUGGAGGAAGCCAGGUUGUGGUAAAAACACUGAGUCAAAAAGCACUAGUCUACGACGUUCUGGAACCAGACGUGACGGAUAGUAGAGCAACAAUAGACAACGAAGGACCUACCCAUGGAGGAGGCGAGGAUGUGGUAAAGACACCGAGUCAAGAAGCACCAGUCUACGACGUGCUGGAACCAGACGAGGCUAAGAUACCGAGUAGUGACGAAGGAGCUACGUAUGAAGAAUGCGAUGUCAAUCCAACCUAUGUAGAAAUGGUGUCGUUUCCCCAAGGACCAAGGUGAAGCCGAGGAGGUUCCCAAAAGAGGCGGGGUCCCUUAGGUCUUUCAUCCAAGAUUCGGAGGGGGAAUAGCUGGGAAAUUGAGAAUAUCUGGAACGUACCCUACAAGGAAACGCGAAUGACUGAAUGGCCCUGAAGCGUAUUUUUGUCUAUACCGCAGUGAGGGGUUUUGUACUGUAACACUGCCAAUUUCUGUCUUGAGUAGGAGACUAUACGUUGCAUUGCUUUUUGAAGUAAUCCUCCAAUGGGGGAGGUUUGCAGAACGGCGUUUUAAUUAUAUGGAUUUCGGGCUUUCUUUCCCUUUUUGAAAUAACCCUCCAAAAGGGAACAUAAGCAUAAACGGCGUUUAUAAAUAACGUAUAGUCUCAUCUCAAUACAGGAAUUUGGCAGUGCUACAGUACAAACCCGUCGCUGCGGUUUGAAAAUAAAGUAAUGCAACCGGCGUAUGUCCUUGAAAGGGUCAUGCUCUUUUGAGGAACUGUCACGAAUAAAACAAACCAUAUAAACAAAUUAAAGGUCAUCAAUAUUCACAAGCUAUGAAACUAAUUAGGCCUAUGUGCCGCUGUGUCAGGGCAAUUUUUCAAGGAAAUAACAGCUUUCUCGAUAAAAAAAAAGUACGAUGCUUUUUAAUGAAAGCACAAGUCACCACCAUACAGGCCUAGCUAUCCUUAAAGAUACCGGACACCUUUGGUAAUUGUCAAAGACCAGUCUUCUCACUUGGUGUAUCUCCACAUAAUAUAUGCAU